AUGUCGCAAGGGUUAACUGAAAGUAAUGAAAAUUGUGUUUUUUAUGACGAAGAACGUAAUAAACAGUUUGAAGAAAAUGAAAGACAGAAAGAAACACUUAAUGACGAAGCAGAGAGAGAGAAAGAAACAGAAAAUGUUGAUGUAGAAGAUGUAGAAGAGAGAGAGGAAGAAACAGGAAAUGCUGAAGAGGAAGAUAAAGAUGCAGAGAGAGAGGAAGAAACGGAAAAUACUGAGGAGGAAGAUGAAGAGCAGGAAAGUGGUGACACAGGCGAUGAUGAGAGUGAUGAAUAUUCUGCAAGUGAAGUUGUAUCGGAUAUAGAUAAUGAUGUUUCAGAGGAAGAGGAAGAUGCACAGGAUAAUAGUGUCAAUGAAUGGGAUGCUGUCACAGAUUUGACACCUGAGUUGGAUGCGUGUACUUUAAAUGAAAGCACUUUUAAUAUUCCUAUAGAAGAUAUAUCUCCUGCAGGAGUUGACUUCAGCGACCAAAUGUCUUCAUACUAUUCUACAUUAAAAAGAGGGCUCAAAUGGUUCAGAAAAGUGGGUAUGGAAUAUUUGUUAGGCAUGGCGUUAGUAAACGCGUGGAUCACAUACAACGUGAAAUGUGAUAAGAAGGUUUCAAAAAAAGAAUUUACAGAGGCAUUAAUGCAAUCAUUAACUGGAAAAAGUAUAUGCGCUGAUAGUAAGUAUAAUGACGUGUAA